ACUUCAAGAAGCAGUCAUUGAAAGUGACAAAAGUUAGUGCUGAUUCAUUUAAAACAGAAAUUUUCAUUCUCAGCCCUCUGACGGUGAAUCGAAGAAAUAAUUACUAUGUCGUUAUAAUUGUACUAAAUUCCGAACUGAAAAUAAUGAAAGUCUACCGAAAUUCGUAUCUCAUGGUAUUUCACCUGAAUAAGUAUUAAUUUUGAAAAUACGCGGUAGAAACUUCCAACUUAUAUGUUCUCCCGGAAACAGUUUAUAUUUAAGAAACCCAUUUAUCAAAAUUGUAACUGUAUUUGUGCGCACUCGAAGAUGUCAGAACAAACUUAUAUUUGCAAUAUAUUCUCAGAACAUCACCAGAUCGGAUCGUGUUAAUCGCCUGAUUAAAGUAUUCGAUAACUGUCUUCAACGGUGUACAUACCCAACCGGUUUGGAACCAUGUCCAUAUUGUUGGUAACGUCUUAAAAAACACGAAAUGAUUGUUUACGUGAGAAAGACUGAAAACUUUCCAAGUCGUGAAGAAAAAGGAGGCGAAUUAAUUAAUAAUCUUGAACCUCGUGGAAAUAUUUUGUGUCGUCGGAUCGUAUGAUAGUCCGGGUCAGAUUAGGGUUCGAUUAUUUUUUUACAUAAUGCCUCCCAGCCGUUUGGAUGCUGUUUACAGAAGUAUCCUCCUCACAAAGUUCUUUACUAAGGGCUGGGGAAGCCCUCAAAAUUUAAAAAGGAUUUUUCAAUUUAGAAAAAUUGUUGCCAAUAGAAAAGCAUGCUACAACCUUAUACCUCGUGAUUACCCAAUCAAUAUUACCAAGGAUGAAGAGUGGUCCGACUGUCAUAUAAUAGAAGGUUGUUUUGAAAGUCCCUUUCAUAAACAUCUUCCUGGAAUAAUGCCAGAUGAAACAAUAACUGCACAUUUUCAAUUGGUUCUACCACGCAAAUGGCAAUCCUAUAAAAUAAAACCCAUUUGUUUACAUCUUGCUGGUACAGGGGAUCAUUUUUUUUGGAGGAGAAGAAACUUGAUUGCUAAACCCCUUUUAAAAGAAUCUGGAAUUGCCUCUUUAUUACUGGAAAAUCCAUUUUAUGGAUUACGAAAACCUCACAAUCAAAUACGUUCUAGUUUAAAUAAUGUAUGUGAUAUUUUCGUUAUGGGAGGUUGCUUGAUAAUGGAAUCAAUUGUUUUAUUAAACUGGUGUGAACAACAAGGUUUCGGGCCAUUGGGAUUAACAGGAUUAUCAAUGGGUGGCCAUAUGGCUUCUUUGGCAGCAACUAAUUGGCCAAAACCAAUACCUCUAGUUCCUUGCCUUUCAUGGUCAACAGCAUCACCAGUAUUCACUCAAGGAGUAAUGAGUGCCUCUAUCAACUGGACAUUGUUAGAAAACCAAUACUUUGCAAAUGAACUUUAUCAAAAUGAUCUUGCCAAAAUGGUAAGAAUUAUAGGUGAGGAGGAUGCUUUCCUAGCUGGUCAACAUUUUGCUCAGCAUUAUCCAGCAAGUAUGAAUAGAGUUAAUCAACUACAGGAGAAAUCUGAAGGUGCUAAUAAAGAAUCAGAUUCGUCUAAUGCCACUCAAACUGUGAUUGACAAUAAAUUAAAUUAUAGCUGUAAUACUCAAAUUGAAGACAAUAAUUCGAAAGACCAAUGUAAUGAAGAAAGAGCUGCGGCUAAAAUAUUUCCUUUAAAUCUUAUUUCUAAUAGAUUUAAAUCAAAAGACUCAAAUGCGCUCAAAGGCGUUUGUUUAUUACCAGUUCCAAGACAUCCAUUGUUUUCGAAUUGUAAAUGGCGUGAGAGGGAGGCGCUGCAAUUCAUGUGUGGAAUAAUGGAUGAAUGUACACAUUUAAAAAAUUUCGAAGUACCUGUUGAUACUCAUCUUAUUAUUGCCGUCUGCGCAAGAGAUGAUGCGUAUGUUCCACGUGAUGGUUGUAUGAGCUUAGAGAAAAUUUGGCCAGGUGCUGAAAUUCGUUAUAUCGACGCAGGGCACAUAACUGCUUAUCUACUUCAUCAGAAAGUGUUCAGAUCUACAAUAAUAGAAGCAUUUCAACGAUAUGAGAAGAAAUAUUCUAUAGAAAUUAGUUAAUAUGGAUUCAAUAAAUAUAUUUGGAUAUAGAUUUUUAAAUGAAUCUAAACUCGAUUUGCUCUAUCACUGAAUUUUGUAUGAUGUUUCAUUUUGGAAAAUUUUACAAUUUCUAUUGUUAUCAAUUUGGACAAUCUUACAAAACUUAAGAAGAGAGAAAUCAUUUGUAAUGAAUCAUUUGAUAUAAAAUGAACUAAUGUUAAUUAGAAUAAAAGGAGAAAAACUAUGUACAACGAACAUUUGACAAUAUGCAAAUAAAUAAAU